CAUGUACUUCUAAAGCCCAUCUAUCGUUUACCAAAAGUGGCAACGUGCUCGCGUGAGGUCACUUGCUCCCAUGUUUCCAACUAUUCGGAGUUGAUUUUUGUCUGAGAUCAGCCGCAACACAAGAACAGGAACAAAAAAAGAGGGUUAGGGCCCCAAAAAAGCCAAAUCGACGAGGCCCUCUCCUCUCCCCUCCAUGGAAUCUUGAAAAACCCUUCUCAAUUUCGUACCUCCAUCAAAACCCUUAUCACCGUAUUCAUCGGAGGGGGAAGACUCAGAGCAACAAAAUGAGCGGGCACGGGCCUCCAGCUCCUCGAAGGAACAGUUCAAUGUAUAGACGAAACAAUCCGUCUACUACCAUAAAAAAAUCGUUAUCAACUCAAUCGGAAAAUGGAACAACCUCCACCGGAGCCACCAAUGGCUAUCCACUGAAAUCCCCGUCGCCUACUCCCUCUGGUGAGAGGACAGUGAAGAAGCUUAGGUUGUCGAAGGCCCUCACAAUACCAGAAGGGACAACUGUGUCAGAAGCUUGUAGGAGAAUGGCAGCUCGUCGUGUUGAUGCUGUGUUAUUAACAGAUUCUAAUGCUUUGCUUUCCGGAAUAGUCACAGACAAGGAUAUAGCAACCAGAGUUCUUGCAGACGAGUUAAGACCAGACCAGACAAUAAUAUCUAAAGUUAUGACAAGGAAUCCUACUUUUGUUUCUUCUGAUUCUUUGGCGAUUGAUGCCCUUCAGAAAAUGGUUCAAGGAAAAUUUAGGCAUCUACCAGUUGUUGAAAAUGGUGAAGUUAUUGCAUUAUUGGAUAUCACAAAGUGCCUAUAUGAUGCUAUAUCAAGAAUGGAAAAAGCUGCUGAACAGGGGAGUGCUAUUGCUGCAGCUGUUGAAGGAGUAGAACGCCAAUGGGGAAAUAAUUUCACUGCACCUUCUGCUUUUAUAGAGACAUUAAGGGAUCGGAUGUUCAAGCCCUCUUUGUCAACCAUCAUUUCAGAAAAUUCCAAGGUUGCAAUUGUUCUAGGUUCAGAUCCAGUUUCUGUUGCUGCUAAAAGGAUGCAGGAAUUGCAAGUUAAUUCUGUUAUCAUUAUGAAUGGAAACAAUAUUCAGGGCAUAUUAACUUCAAAGGAUCUUCUCAUGAGAGUUGUGGCGCACAAUCUUCCUCCCGAGUUGACAUUUGUUGAAAAGGUUAUGACACCAAAUCCAGAAUAUGCAACUGUGGACACAUCGAUUCUUGAGGCAUUGCAUAUAAUGCAUGAUGGGAAAUUCUUACAUCUUCCUGUUGUAGACAAAGAUGGAAAUGUUGUAGCAUGUGUGGAUGUCCUGCAGAUAACUCAUGCAGCUAUUUCAAUGGCUGAAAGUAAUUCAGGUGCUGAUGUGGCAAACACAGUGAUGCAGAAGUUCUGGGAUUCAGCACUCAACCUAGACCCACCAGAUGAUUAUGAUGACAGUCACAGUGAAAUGUCUAUGUCAGUAGUUAUGCAAUCAGAUCCUGUGGAAGGAGGGAGGGCAUAUCCGUCUCUUGGUCUUGGGAAUUCUUUUGCCUUUAAAUUUGAAGACUUAAGGGGACGUGUACACAGAUUUAAUUUUGGCACUGAAAAUCUUUCUGAGCUGGUUUCUGCUGUUGCUCAAAGGAUGGGUGGCAGUCUUGAUCAAAAUCCUCCUCAACUUUUGUAUGAUGAUGAUGAGGGCGAUAGGGUUUUGCUAACUACAGAUAGUGAUCUGGCUGGUGCUGUUAAUCAUGCCAGGUCAGCAGGACAAAAGGUGUUGAGAUUGCAUUUAGACAACUUGGAAAUUGGGCAAAUGAAAAGAGAAUCAUCACAAUUAGAUAUGGUUGUAGAAGAGCAACAAACACAGAUCUCAAAAUCAAACCAUUUACAGACUGGAAUUUUGGCAAGUGCAGCUGUCAUUGCAGGUCAUUACAAAACGACGUUAAGUUUUAUUUAUUUAAGCAAAAUGGUGGUGGUUGUGAAGAGCGAAUAA